AUGUCUAAUACACAUCCUACAUCGAAUCUGCUUUAUUGUCAUACAUCCGACAUCCGAUAAUUCUGGAUAAUUCCAUAUAAAACCCAAUCCCCGUUUGGUGGGCGAAAUAGAGGAACAGGGGUCUCCCCAAUUGAGUAGCAGCACUGUGCAACUGAGAGCCAGCAAGAUGUCCGUGCGCCACGACUGGUACCAGUCCGAGACAAAGGUGGUCAUCACCGUGCUCCUGAAGAACGCCGCCGACAAGAACUACGCGGUGGAGAUCUCGCCAAGCCGCGUCCACAUGACCGCCGACGGCUACGAGCUGGACCUGAAGCUGCAGCACCCCAUCGUGCCGGAGCGGUCCUCGCACAAGGCCUUUCCCUCCAAAGUGGAGAUCACGCUGGCCAAGGAGACGGGCGUGCGCUGGGAUAACCUGGAGGAGAAGGCCGUGGUGGCGGCCGCUCCCGCCAAGCCCAAGGCCAAGAACUGGGAUCAGCUGGUCAGCGAGGAGGAGAAGAUCGACGAGAAGGAGGCCAAGGGCGAGACGGCCCUCAACAACCUGUUCAAGAAGAUCUACAGCACAUCCUCGCCCGAGGUGCAAAAGGCCAUGAACAAGUCCUUCUCGGAGUCCGGCGGCACCGUUCUCAGCACCAACUGGGACGAGGUGGGCAAGGAGAAGGUCACCGUGAAGCCGCCAGAUGGAACCGAGUUCCGCGAGUGGGAGAAGUAGGUCGAAUCACCCUGCCCACAUCCCCUGUAUUUAUAAAGUCAGAGAGAGAUUAGAGAGAAGCACUUAAUAUAUAUAUUUUUACGCAUGGAUCGGUCGACGACCAAGGAGAAACGUUACAAACGAACCGAAAAUAACAAGAGCUGUUCUGAAUAAAUUUGAUUUAAGCAUUGCA